UUUAAAUGGAGGAAUAAACACGCUUCCCACGCAAAAACUUCCACCAUCUCUUGAUUUUUCUUCCCCACGCGCGUGACUAUAAAUACAUCGAACACUUCUUUCAUUUUCCACAAAAAAAGUAAACAAUAAUAAUAAUAAAUAAAAUAAAUAAAAAUGGCUAUCGAGAGAAAAUCUCUACUAGCUCUCACACUGACAGCAAUAUUUCUCGCCGCCGCCGCUCCGGCGGCGUUCGGCCAAAACUGCGGCUGCGCGUCGGACUUGUGCUGCAGCCAGUUCGGCUUCUGCGGCAUCGGAAACGACUACUGCGGCAGAGGCUGCCAAUCCGGGCCGUGCUCCGCCGGACCGGCCAGCAACGGCGGCUCCGUUAGUAAUAUUGUGACUGACGCUUUCUUUAACGGGAUCUCCGAUCAGGCUGCCGGGAGCUGCGCCGGGAAGGGGUUCUACACGCGCUCGGCGUUUCUAGAGGCGGUCAACUCGUACACGGAGUUCGGCACGGUGGGUUCCGCUGACGACUCGAAGCGGGAGAUUGCGGCCUUCUUUGCACACGUGACGCACGAAACUGGACACAUGUGCUUCAUUGAAGAAAUCGACGGCGCGUCAAAAGACUACUGCGACGAAACCAACACACAAUACCCAUGCACGCCAAACAAGGGUUACUACGGACGAGGACCAAUCCAACUAUCUUGGAACUUCAAUUACGGGCCAGCUGGCAGUAGCAUAGGCUUCGAUGGUUUAAACAACCCGGAAAUAGUAGCCACUGAUAGAAUUAUAUCUUUCAAAACUGCAUUGUGGUAUUGGAUGAACAAUUGCCACGACCGCAUUAUUUCGGGGCAAGGCUUCGGGUCUACUAUUCGGGCCAUAAACGGGCCACUUGAAUGUGAUGGGGCGAACCCUGAUACGGUCAGCGCUCGUGUUCAGUAUUACACGCAGUAUUGUGAUCAGCUUGGAGUUGCUCCGGGUAAUGAUUUGAGGUGUUAGUAUAGUGUGAUUAAAAUUCAUGAUUGAUGAGAUUAUUUAUCUUGGUUCAUUUUUUUUUUUUUUUUUUUUUAAUUUGUUACACGAAAAAUAAUUUAUGGAUUUGUAUCCAAUAAUAAAUGAUAAUGAAUAAUGUAAACUCGUUGAUCAUGUAUACGGUUGUAGUGAAUAUUUUUUUUACUCGAAAUAAUUUAUAUAUUACAUU